CAGCAGGCAAGCAAUCAGCAGUAGUUGAAUAGCGUCAACAGUAGUCAGCAUUGAAAGCCGCAAAGUAACUGAAGAAAAAGUGAAAACAAAAGUUGAAGUGAAAAAGUUGAAAAGGUGAGAAAAAUAAACUUAGAAACUAUUUACUAUUUUCCAAUAAAUGCCACACAGCGAGCCGUCGAGCAACGAGGAAAUAGUCAUGAUUGAGCCUGAAGCCUGUUGCAGUCAUGCACCAGUAGCAGACGUCACCAAGAAAGUUACCGAUAAUCAAAAAUUGCUGAAGAAAGCUGUAAAGAAGGCCUACAAAGCACAGAAGCUACUGAACGAGGCCAUUAAACGACUCGAAGCGUCGAAUGGGAGCGAUAGGAAGAAGAAGUCGCAAAGGCACAAACAGCGAAAAGAGCGUAGAGAAAGUAGCUCAUCUAGUUCCAGUUCGGAUACAAGCUCCAGCUCCAGUUCCAGCUCUAGUUCCAGUUCCAGUGGCAGCGAUGCUGAGAUAAUGAUCGAUUUGACAAAUCCCGCCGAGAAGCCUUCCAAACGACACCAUGGUCGUAAACGUCAUCAUGGACGACGGGAUCGACGCGGACGUGAUCGUUCUCGUUCGCGUUCGCACUCACGAGGUCGCUCUCGUGGCAACUCACGCGGUCAUUCGCGUGGACGCUCCCGCGGUCACUCACGUGGGCAUUCCAAGACACGUGAUCAACAAAUAUCACAUUUGUCGCAGUUUUUUCGUGGCGCCAGCCUCCAAACAGCUCCCCCCAUUCAAUAUGGUCGUCACCACUGCCACCACGGCCGAUCGAAUAUUAGGCCGGGAGGAAGUUUAGGAUGUAAACCACGUAGUCGCUCGGCGUCACGUGAAAGAGGGACGUCUAAAAAGCAACAUAAAAAUAAGGAACAAAUACUGCCAAAAACUGGUAAUAAGAAGAAGCGUAACCAUCGUAAGCGUGAUCGUUCACAUUCACGAGGUCGAUCGCAUUCCAGAGAUCGCUCGCAUUCACGAGGUCGAUGGAGUUCUAGAGAUCAUUCACGUCCUCAUUCGCGAGAACGUCAUGGUUUUGAGCAAAAUGGACAAUUUUCACCAUUUUUUCAUCGAGGUGAAAUAACCGGAUGGCCUAUGCCGAUACCGCCACCGGCUUAUAUGCAAUACGGUAAGAACAGGGAAGGGUCUCGUGGACAUCACAGAUUAUCCAGACAUGAAAAUAUCGAUCCUUCCAUGUUUUAUGGCAUGCCACCUAUGUUUUAUGGCAAAGAGCGCGGUCGCAGGCGUAGAGCGCAUAGUGUGCCGGGGAAUUGAAAAGGGGGAAGUGAAAAACUUGUUUUAAAAUUGUUUAAGAAAAAAUAUAAAUAUUUAUUUACAUACAUAUGUAUGUAAAU